AUGACUUACUCUGUGUUCAAGGCUGCAGGGUUGCAUCUGAUGAAAGCACUCGCUUCAUCUCAGGGAUCCAAGGUCCGAACUAACGCGGUCCUCCCAGGGCUUCUCCUCACGGAAUGGGGCGAAAGAUUCUCCAAGGAGACAGUCCAGGCAUAUACAGAUAAGGCUGUUCUCAAGCAUGUUGUAGCAACAAACAACCAUUCAUAG